AUGCUGCCAGAACCUCCGGCCGUUCAAGCCACCCACCCUAUAAGCCCGGAACCUCGGAAGUUCUUCAUCUCCAACUCGACGACCCACGAGGAGUACAGCUCAAACUGGGCUGGAGCUGUGCUGAUCGGCAAGGGCUUAUACUUCUGUCACUGCAGAAUUCACUGUUCCGACACCCAAGCUCCCAUCGGGUGCUUCUUCAAGCAAGCAGUACUGUGCCUCUGCGUGGGUUGGCAUCGACGGCGAUACUUGCGGCAGCGCUAUCCCUCCAGACUGGUAUUGAUUUCUGCAUUCAGGGACGCACUGUGUCGUACGAUGCAUGGUAUGAAUGGUACCCGGACUAUGCGUAUGACUUCUCUGGCAUCUCGAUUGCGGCUGGAAAACAAGAUCAAGGUCACUGUGGAUGCUACAUCCAAGACCACCGGGACCGCGACGAUUGAGAAUGUAUCCACCGGCAAAACCGUGACCCACACAUUCACCGGCGGAGUGGACGGUGACCUCUGCGAGUACAAUGCCGAAUGGAUCGUUGAGGACUUCUCAAGCAACGAGGACUUGGUCCGUUCGCCAACUUCGGAACUGUGA